CUUCCCGGAAGCGCUUCCGCGACGGCGUACAGGAUAGCAAAUACGGGCUCGCCCAAUUCACCGCACAGCACGCUUGAUGAGCAAAAUGGCAGAGGACAGCCGAAUACGGAUUAUGGUACCAAGACACGAGAUUCUUUAGAAGAAGCGUCUGGAGGUGUGGGCCAAACCGCCGGUCACCUCUCGGAGCCUAACGACGAUGCCGUUGUGUUGCAGGAGAUGGGCGGGGAAAACGCAAAGUGUCCGCCGCCGUCGGUGACAGAGGCAGAUCAGCCUGGCUCGGAGGCGGGCUCGAGGCAGGUGGAAAACCUCUCGCCACCAACGGCCGCGGGCGCUAUGACUGUACCUAGUGGAAGCAGCGGCGAUAAGGCUCCUGCCGCGAGUGUCACCAACGGCUCUCUGUCACUCGGCAGGUCGCGCAAGACCAAGGCUUACGGUGUGCAUUGGACGCUACCUGUCGACACAAUGGUUCCCUUGAUGCCGUCGGAUAGCAAAUGUGUGGAGAACUGGUUUCGCGCAUGGUGCGAAGCUCUGGUCGAGGAGAAUCCCAAAAAGAAGCAAAAACUCACCGACGUCAUUGUCAAUGUGCUCAUGGGCAUCCACUUGAAGCAUGCAACAUCUCCCGAGGCCAAGGACGCCAAACAACAACAUAAAUGGCGGGCCCUUGUGAAGAAGGGAUUCAAUAAACUGCGGAAACUCGGUACCGUCACCACGAUUCUGCGGCAAUGUACAGAGGCCCAAGAAGGGAGUUCUGCCGCCCCGCUGGAUCCUACGGACAAGACGACGGCGGAUACUGAGCAGCCUGACUUCGAUUCACCGGACCCCACAGUAAAUGGUGACACUUCUACAGGGGUGCCGACUCCCUCUCGUCCCCCGACGUUGGCCGAGCCUGACUCUGAGCCUGAGCCUGAGCCGGACCUUCAGCCUGCGCUUGAGCCGCAACCAGAUCCUGAUCUUGAGCCGCAGUCAGAGCCAGAGCUUGAGUUGCAGCCAGAGGCGGAGCCCGAGCCCCAGCCGUCCUCUUCAGAACACGAAGCGCAUGCGCCAACUGCGAGCCCAGAGACCGACGAUGCUCAUGAUAUGCAGAUCGCUGCCGCUGAAGUUCCGGCAGAGUCUUGGCGGACGGUUGUGGACGAAGAGGAGGCGCUACGCCAACAGCAAAGGUAUUUCCCAGGGGCCUCUGGCCUCUUCGAUAUCUGCAUUGUUUGUGCGGCGCUCGGACACUCGGCUUUGAACUGCCAGAAUACUCUAUGCCGCCAUUGUCGAGGAGACCAUUUCUCUUGGAGUUGCCCACAGCGCUCGCGAUGCGCCAAGUGUCGACAGUUGGGCCACCGAGAGUCGAUCUGCGAGGAGAAGCUGGCCAUGACAGACGACGAAGGCUUGGAAUGCGCCUUCUGUGCCGCGGCACAUCACGAAGACGUGUGCGACGAGAUCUGGCGCUCUUACCAUCCCCGGAGUCAAGAUGUCAAAACGGUGCGCGACAUCCCGGCAUUCUGUGGGUACUGCGGUGCCGAAGGGCACUUUUCUUCGGACUGUGGUCUACGGGGAUACAGGCCCGUUAGCUUGACUUGGUCGAUGCAGAACCGCGACUUAUACGUGGAUCCGCGCUCGGCCGAGGAGGCCUCCGCCACUUCUGCGACUUUUGCCGAGCCGGGUUCUGAACUCAGGAUCAAAGGCGCCAGUGCGAAGAGGACCCAUAUAUUCUACCCAGAUAGCGAUGGAUCCGAGGAGGGCGAGUUCAUCGGAGAGAAAGUAAGGACUAGGGAGCCACCUGCGAAAAUGCGAGUGUCCAGCAAUAUCCGGUUCACGCCCGUGAACGGGGCAAGACCGCCACCACCCCCGCCCCCCGCUUCCUAUGCUCAGCCUCCACUGCCUCCCGGUCCACCUCCUCCCGGGCCGCCCGGGGGUUACAGCGCGUUCGCUCAUCCGCUGCCGCCCAGGCCCAUGCCCAGGGCUCCCGGACCAAACCAGGUCGCGGCGCAACCAAAGACUUCGGGCAAGGGGAAACAGGGAUCAUCGUCGAAGAACGAUAAGCGUGCCGGGUCUUCGCAGCAGCAGUCGGGCAAUAACAACCGCAAAUCCCGGAACAACAGGAGGAAGCCGAAGACGAAGUAGGGUUUAAUCGUCAAGGCGAUAGAUGGGCUCACCUGUAUUGGGUAGCAAACCACAUGCGGAGUAUACGCAACAAAUUUUAGCGUGGAACUUCACAUACGAAUACGAGGGGGCAGAUGUACAAAGUUCUUUUACUCUUCGACCACUGAACAGAGUGGCAUGAGAAGUCAGUGAUGCCAAAUACGAACUACGGAGUAUAAGAAUUAGAACGGGCCGGUCGAGAG